AUGAGAGGGUCCAACUCUCCUCGAGGGUUGAGCAGCCCUAGUUCCACUGAUUGGGCGGCUUCUCCCAAUGGGUCACCAGACACGAAACUCACUGCAUUCUCGCCAGAAGAUGUGCGAUCCAAAGCGUUUUCCGAUUCAAGUGCCUGUGGUCCACUCGAUGAUUGGACUGGCUUCAAACAGAUCUUCUCGACAACUUCUUCAGACCCGUUUCUUGUCUCAACCAACGUGUCAAAUCGGCCACAGCUUUCUCCAACAGCUGCAAGCUUCACACCAAUUGGGGUGACUGAUGCCGUGGGCGCCAACCUAGUUCAUUUAAAGGCCCAAGACCAAUCUUCCAGUGAGAUCUGCUUCUCGGCUAGUUCUAAUGUUGACCCUGGGGCGGCCGAAGCCCUACCAAAUAGCUGCCCCGAGAGGUCUGUGCCAGCUUAUGGAGUCAUUGGAAGUGAUAGAAUCCGUAGGGAAUACCUCUCCCUUACUCCGACCCGGAGCAAGUAUGAGCCAGAAGGACCCCUUCGGGCUUUACUUAUAGAGAAUGUUCCAACUAACCUAACGUAUAUGUCACUUGCUGGGUUUUUCAACCGUCGUGAAUUCACUUCCCUCAGAGGUCCUAUACUUUCCGAACUAAGCUCCAUGGGCAAGGUAUAUGUUUCCUUCAGCGACUGUCGUGAAACCAAGAAGGCAAUUGAAAAGGUCCGCCUCCUCCGACCAGAAUGGCGGGUCUUCUCUCUCACUCCCAAAGAGUACGUACAACAUCUAGACCCAGCUCUUCUUUCGCAGACCUCGGAUUACGAGGGCCAGCUGCUCGCCACUAUUUAUUACGACAGUCGAAACCCGAAGUUAAAUCAACGUACAGUGGCCCGAUCGUUUGAGACACUUGCUAUGACUUUCGGAGAUAUAAAGACCUUUACCGCAUCACCUUCUGGCCAGGCAAACAUCGCCGAGUUCCACAUAGAGUAUUUCAACAUUCGUGAUGCCGAAAAUGUUAUGACAACACUUAAUGGCACCUCCGUGGACGAUUGCGUUGUUGAGGUUUCGUUAUUUAGGCCAGAUGUGGAGAGUGAAACACACCAGUCUCCCCACAGCCCGUGCUCCAUGAAAGGGAAUGUGUCCUGCCUUGAUGCUCCUCAUCAAGAAGAUGCAUCGUGGACCUCACCCCAGCCCAAUCAUGCUCCUUACAUGGAACUAAGCCCUACAGGUCGCUCAACAAUCCCGCCAGGUGAACAUGCUGGAUUGAUGGAUUGGAUGACCCGAGCAGGCGAAAGAAUUUUGACGUCUCCCCGCCGCGAACUUACACGCUAUCCCGAUUUACGUCUGAGCAACCAGAAUGCGGUAGAUAUCGAGCGCAUUCGUCUUGGUUUAGAUGUGCGCACCACUAUCAUGCUGCGGAACAUCCCCAACAAGAUUGACCAGGCUAUGCUCAAGGCUAUUGUCGAUGAGACAAGCGCCGGAAAAUAUGACUUCAUGUAUUUGCGUAUCGUGUUGGCUAUGCUUUCAUCAACUUCGAGGAUGUAUAAUCCACAGGGCCAGUACGUAAUGAUUUUAACAAGGCGUAUAGGAACUGUUUUAACAGCGAUAAGGUCGCAGAGGUCUCAUACGCAAGGGAAGGAUUGCCUUGUACAAAAGUUCCGCAAUAGCUCCGUAAUGCUUGAGCACCCAUCAUUUCGCCCCAAGAUCUUUCACACUGGCGCUGGGCCUCUUGCGGGGACGGAGGAUCGCUUUCCUGGUCCAGAUAACCCAUCGAAGAUGCGUCGCAGUAUCGAGAACGCGGAACAUGUUGGUUUGUUCGCCCCACGAGUUGGACAGCAGUAUCGAGACGAGCAACGUCGUCGCCGUUCCCAAUUUGAUCGUGGAACAACUGCUGCUGAGCGUGAAAUAGUAUAUGUUCGGACUCUCGCUCCUCGGCGCCCUGUAGGUGCAGUCGGUAAUGGUUUGAAAAGCGCUCCUUGCACCUACCCUGGGAUGAAAAUGUGGUAUGAUUCGGAUAUCUCUGACCAAGGCCCCAAGACAUCCUAG